CCAGCGUUCCCCCUCCUGCUGCAGUCAGUUCUCCUCCGGACCCGCCAACAUGAGUUUCGCGGUAGAGCACCACUACUACGGGCCGACCUCGUACCGCAAGGCACGGCCUGCGUCCGUGUCCUCCAGCGGGUUUCACUCCCAGCGCCGCCGCCUCACUUACAGCCAGCCGUCCUCCGCCGACAGCCUGGAAACCUUCAACGGCGACAUGACACGGAGGAGCGAGAAAGAGAUCCUGCAGGCUCUGAACGACCGCUUCGCCAGCUACAUUGACAAGGUGCGGAACCUCGAGAUGCACAACCGCAACUUGGAGGCGGAAGCGGCUGCGCUGCGACAGAGCCAGGCCGGACGCGCCUCUGUCGGGGAGCACUACGAGCGAGAGCUGGGCGACCUGAGGGGUCUCCUGCAGCAGUUAACCGGGGAGAAGGCCCGCGCCACCCUGGAGCACGAGCACCUGGAGGAGGACAUCCAGCACCUGCGGGUCAGGCUGGAGGACGAGGCGCGCAACCGGGAAGAGUUGGAGGCUGCCGCUCGCGCCAUGAAAAAGUACGUGGAGGAGUGCAGGCUGGCUCGACUGGAGCUGGACAAGAAGCUCCGUGCCCUGGAGGAGGAGGCCGUUUUCCUGAAGAAGAACCACGAGGAGGAGGUCGCUGAGCUCCUCGCGCAGAUUCAGGGCGCGGAGGUGAGCUUCGACAUGCGGGACGCGCUCAAGGCGGACGUCACCAGCGCGCUGCGGGAGAUCCGCGCACAGCUGGACAGUCACGCAAACAAGAGCGCGACGCACGCAGAGGAAUGGUUCAAAGUGCGUAUGGAGCGCCUGUCUGACGCCGCUAGGUCUAACCAGGACGCCAUCCGUGGAACCCAGGAGGAGAUCGUAGAGUACCGCCGCCAGCUCCAGAGCCGCACCAUCGAGCUGGAGACUCUCAGAGGAACCAAGGAGUCCCUGGAGAGGCAGCGUAUGGAGAGUGAAGACAGACACCAUGAUGACCUCAACUCACUACAGGAGACCAUCAAUCAGCUGGAUAAUGAGCUGAAAACCACCAAAUGGGAGAUGGCCAGCCAGCUGAAAGACUAUCAGGACCUGCUGAAUGUGAAGAUGGCUCUAGAUAUUGAGAUCGCUGCUUAUAGGAAGUUACUGGAGGGAGAGGAGAAUCGCUUUGUGUCAGGAGGAGGUCCGUACUCCUACCUGGAAAGCAGAAUCUCUACCCACCUCAAAGUGAAAGGAGAGGAGAUCUCAGAUACAGUCAUUGUGGAGGAACAGACAGAUGAGACCCAGGUGACAGAGGUGACAGAGGAGGCCGAGGAGGAGGAAAAGAAGGAAGAAGAGGAAGAGGAGGCAGGAGAGGAGGGAGAGGAAGGAGAAGAGACCAAAGAAGAGGAGGAAGGUGAGGAGGGAGAAGGCAAGGAGGAAGAAGGAGAGGCAGAGGCAGAGGCAGAGGAGGAGAAGGAAGAAGAGGGAGAAGAAAAGGGAGAGGAGGAAAAAGAAGAGGAAGUGGAAGAGAAGGGAGAGGAAGAGGAGGCAGCCGAGGAAGAGGAGAAGCCCAAAUCUCCAGAGAAGGCUGCGUCUCCUCCUGCAAAAUCCCCUCAACCUAAAUCUCCUGCUGUCAAGUCACCGGAAUCCAAAUCUCCACAAAAAUCACCAGAAUCCAAAUCACCAGUGGUCAAAUCACCUGCUAAGUCACCUGCAGUUAAAUCCCCAGCAGGAGAAGAGUCAAAGUCACCUGCACCAAAAUCACCUGUGUCAAAAUCCCCACCCAGCAAAUCCCCUGAAUCCAAAUCUCCCCCUACCAAGACCCCUGAGGCAAAGUCUCCAGAGAAAGAGAAGGACAAGCCCGUCCCUGCCAAAGACACCCCUAAGGAGGAGAAGAAAGAGGAGAAGCCUCAGCCUGUGAAGGAGGAAAAGAAGGAGAAAGAGCAGCCUGUGAAGGAAGAGAAGAAGCAGGAGCCCAAAGAGAAAGAGCCUGAGAGCAAAGCGGAGAAGACAGACAAACCUGAUACAAAGAAGGAGAGCAAAGCAGAAGAAGCGCCAAAGAAGGAGGAUGCUCCAAAACCUGCUGCUCCCAGCAAGCCAGCAGAGGAGAAACCCGCCCCCAAGCCUGAGGCUAAAGAGAGCGCUCCCCCCGCCAAGGAGGAGAAGCCUGCCGCUCCUAAAUCUGAGAAGGCCGAGCCUGAGGUGAAGCCCGCUCCUAAAGCCGAGCCCGAGAAACCGGCGGCCAAAAAGGAGGAGAAGAAGCCCGAGAAGAAGCCAGAGGAGAAGCCUGCUCCUAAAGCCGAGCCCGAGAAAGCAGAGGCCAAGAAGGAGGAGAAGAAGCCCGAGGAGAAAAAGGAGAGCAAGGAAGUGAAGGAAGCUGCAAAGGCAGAGAAAGCAGAGAAAUCUUCUAGCACCGAGUCAAAAGAGAGCAAAGAGGAGAAGGCCAAGAAGUAAGCCUUGAAAGCUGCGCUUCGAGGCCAGAGCGGUGGAGAUGCCAAAGAACUACGAGGGAGGGAAAGGAGGGCAGGGCAGAAAGGCUGGGAGUAUCCAGACUGACACUAGUGUCCAAAACAAAGCAGGUAAUGGUAUGUAAGCAAUAGUGAUUUCUGUAGCAAAUAACCCCCUGCUCCCUAAGUAUGGCCAUUACAAACCCCCUGAUGCUUCUGAUGUAUGACUGUAGUGAAUGCAGAAUGCUCUAAACUCUUUAUCUGAAUGUGACAACUGCCCUUAAAUAAAUAAACAAGUGCAUUUAAACUGAAUCCCACUGUCUGGGACCGCAGGGGCCUGCUGUACCUACACGAGCCUUCAAGGGUAGAGAUGUCAUAAACAAUGUCAAGCUAAAGAUUGUGACAGAUGUUGAAUAUAAAAAUGUAUAUUUAAGGAAACACAAAUGUCUAUAUUAUAUUUACAGAUACACCAGUUAAGAAAGACUUGAAUUCUUGCUUGUUGUGCACCUUAAUGCAGCUUCUCCCAACAGGUGAACUGCAGUGUCUCACUCUUCUGGUCUGCAAUGCUAGGACAAUGAUGGCUGUGCUAUGUAUAAACUGCUGAGAAUAUGCAAAAUGAAACAGUAAAUAAAGAAUGAAAAAAAAAAAAUCAAACAUAA